CGUUUCCGCUUUCAAAUUUGCCUCUUCUUCCCCUUCUCCACUGGCGCGCAAGCCGAGCUCGCAUCGCAGCGGCGGAAUGUCCGCGGAGGAGCCUUGCUGCAUCUCCCACUUGUUCGACCGCGCCGCUCGCCGGAACCCCGGCCGUAUCUCUGUCAUCCACGCCUCCUCCUCUUCCGCCGCCGCCGACGAGCGCCGCUUCACCUGCGGCGACCUCCUCUCCGCCGUCUCCUCCCUCUCCCGCCGCAUCGCCGCCGCGCUACGCCAUUCGUCCGACAUCCUCCGCGGCGAAGAUGGCCCCCCAGGCUGCUCGGAUGAACACGGGGGCAGCGGCGGCGCGACGCCUAGGAUCGUGGGGGUGUACUCAUCGCCGUCGGUGGAGUACGUGGCUACCGUUCUCGCCGUGCUCAGGUGCGGUGAGGCAUUCCUGCCGCUGGACCCGGCAUGGCCGGAGGAGAGGGUUUGGUCUGCCCUCUCGGCGUCCAAAGUGGUGCUCAUCAUAUCGUCAGAGUGUUCGCGUGAAGAUGCUGUGCUUAAGGGCAGCUCUUGCCCUGUUCUGCUCUUGGACCGCGGUAUUCGGCAAGGGUUUCAUGGUGGAGACGUUGGGAUUGAUCGAGAGGAGCUUGUUUGGCCGUGCGAGCGUGAGAGGCUGUGGGAUUUCUGCUACGUGAUGUUCACAUCCGGUUCCACUGGAAAACCUAAAGGUGUUUGUGGUACGGAGAAAGGUCUUCUAAAUCGUUUUUUGUGGAUGCAAAGAAGGAAGCCUUUAUGUUCAGAGGACGUAUUGUUGUUUAAGACAUCUGUCAGCUUCGUUGACCAUCUACAGGAGUUUCUUUCUGCUGUGCUGACUAGUACAACACUUAUAAUUCCAUCCAAUGAUUGGAGAGCUAAUCCAGCAUCAUUUGCCAACUUGAUUAAGGCAUACCGUAUAUCAAGGAUGACUUUUGUUCCGUCACUGAUGGAGAUAGCACUACCUACCCUGGAGAAAAAUCUUUCAUGUGGACAGAAUCCUCUUAAGAUCGUAGUAUUUAGUGGGGAGAUUUUGCCCUUAGUGCUGUGGAAGAGAGUCCAUGAAAUUCUGCCAGAGACUACCAUCAUAAAUCUGUAUGGAACAACAGAGGUUUCUGGUGACUGUACAUUCUUUGAUUGCAAUGAUCUGCCCACAAUUUUAGAGCGAGAAAAACUAACCAGUGUACCGAUUGGAUUUCCCAUUUCAAAUUGUGAAGUUUAUCUUGUGACCGACAAUGGGGUUGCGGAUGAAGGUGAAAUUUAUGUCGGUGGAGCAUGUUUAUUCAAUGGUUAUUUAGGAGAGUCCAUGAGGAGUGAUGUCACUGAACGCAGUGAAUGCUCAACAUACUACAAUACGGGUGACUAUGCUCGACGGCUGAAGACUGGUGAACUUAUUUUCCUUGGGAGAAAGGACCGUACUGUAAAAAUUCAUGGCCAGCGUUUUUCGCUAGAAGAGGUAGAAUCCACCUUAAAGGAACAUCCUGAUGUCAGUGAUGCUGCAGUUACUUUUCAAAGUAAAGGCUCUACUGAUUAUAAGGCAUACCUGGUGUUUAAGAGUGAGGACAAUAUUGUGAAGGACAGUCUGCACUGUAGAGCACUAAGUUCUUCUCAAGAUAUUAUGGCAUCUAUUCGAAGUUGGCUCGUCAAGAAGGUUCCACCAGCUAUGAUUCCAAGCUUUUUCCUCCUCAUGAAUUCAUUACCUUUGACUUCCUCAGGAAAGGUUGACUAUGUCAAGUUAUCAAGUUUGGAGUGUGCACUGAAUGACCCAUGUGAAGUUGAGUCUGGAAGAGGUCCAGUUAAUCCGCAUUUACAAGUUAUCUUAAAGGCAUUUUGUGACGCCUUACUUGUUGAUGAAGUUUCUGAGUUUGAUGAUUUCUUCACCUUGGGUGGCAACUCAAUUUCUGCAGCUCAUGCCGCCCACAAGUUGGGGAUUGACAUGAGACUGCUUUACAUCUAUCCAACCGCUUCUAAGCUUUUUCAUGCUCUAGUUGUGGAGCGAAGUAGUGUGAUUUCUCCUACUGACGAGGCUUGCCUGAGGAAGGGCCUGAACAUAUCUGCAAGCAUACAGGGAUUUUUCGUCCCAAUUGCUGCAAAUAUGGAUGAUAGUUUUCAUGAAAGCAAAUCACAGAUAAAUGGAGAGCUUCCACAGGAUUACAUUGCAGGGAGUUGUGAAAAUGAGACAGAUGGCCAGCUUAAUAAAUACAUAAUUUCUCCUAGUGAUGGAUACCAGGAAAAAGAUAUCUACUUGGAUACAUGCUCGAAUGACAGAAACAGUGUCACUCACAGUCAAUGGAUCCUGAACUUCUGUUUACAAAAGAAGUGGUCUAUUGGGCGUUGCAACAGGUUUAUCCAUCACUAUGAAGGGGAGCUGCAACUUGAAGAUGUUUGCUCAUAUGUUCCAUACAACAAAAGAGGUUAUCUUCAGGAACUCUGGAACAUUCCUUUGGAUUCAUGUGUUGACGCGUCACCUUUGCUUGUCUUCAACAAUGGGAUGAUGAGCAUAUUUAUCGGGUCCCAUUCACAUUUAUUUGUCUGCGUUGAUGGUUGUAGUGGUUCAGUGAGGUGGAGUGUGAAACUGGAAGGACGCGUAGAGUGUUCUGCUGCUAUAACUAGUGAUUUUUCAGAGGUUGUGGUUGGAUGUUAUAAAGGAAAAAUUUACUUUCUUGAUACGUUGACUGGAAAACAAUCUUGGACCAUUCAAACAGAUGGAGAGGUAAAAAUGCAACCAGUUGUUGACAGGACAAGGAAUUUAAUAUGGUGUGGCUCUUAUGACCAUAAUUUAUAUGCAUUAAAUUACAAAGAUCGUUACUGCGCUUACAAAGUUUCUUGUGGUGGAAGCUUUUAUGGUUCUCCUGCUGUAGACAUGUCAGACAACAUGAUCUAUGUCGCAUGUACGAGUGGCCUUGUGACUGCAAUAUCCCUUCAGGUUCCAUCAUUCAGAAUAGUUUGGCAGUAUGAAGCUGGAGCACCAAUUUUCAGUUCUCUCGCCAUAGAUCAUCAAAGUGGAAAUGUUGUUUGUUGCUUGGUGAAUGGUAUGGUAAUUGCAUUGAACUCACAUGGCACUGUUGUUUGGAAGGCAACAGUUGGUGGUCCUAUAUUUGCUGGUGCAUCUGUAUCAUCUGCUCUUUCUUCUCAGGUGCUGAUACCUUCCCGUGAUGGAAGUUUAUACUCUUUUGACAUUACAUCCGGUGUUCUUCUUUGGUCAUAUGAAGUUGGCGACCCAAUUACUGCAUCUGCUUUUGUUGAUGAAGUGUUAGCAUCAACGCCAUCUGGAUCAUCUGAGAGCUUUGCUUGUAUCUGCACAAGUUCUGGGAAGGUCUGUGUCAUUAAGAUUAGGUCUGAUGCUAAGCAGGAGAAAGUUGGUUACUUGGUGCAAGAGGUUGCAGCCAUAGAUCUUCCAGGAGACAUCUUUUCAUCUCCCUUGAUGGUGGGUGGACGCAUCUUUGUUGGAUGCAGAGAUGAUCGGCUACACUGUCUCUCAGUAACCACACAGCUCUAAUACAUUUCAUUUAACUGAGGGCGUAUAAUUUAUCUUUCCUUGCUAUACCGAGCUGCUCAGCUUCGUCUUCAUCGUGCCAUGGUUCCACAGAAAGAGCCUUUUCCUCCUGUUUGAUCGUUGAAUAAUGAACAAAAAAGAGUGCAGAAGCUACUGAUGCUUUGGGUAUCCAAAGGUUAGAUUCCCACACCUGCGAAUGGAACAUGAAGAUAUCCGGCAAAGUGCUUGAUUUUCAAUAUGACAAUGGCAUUACAGCCUUAGUGCUCGCCCAGUUUGGGGGAUUCAAAAGUGGAAGUGGUGUAAAUGAACCAUCUUCCUUCCUUUGCUGUGGAAACUCGUUUGAAAUUGUUCAAAUAUACAUCAACUAGCACAUGACCAUCCAGUGCAAUAUUGUACAAAAAUGUGCUCAGCUGGAUGUACCAAUCCAAGUCAUUAGGAAAUAAACUUGUGAGAGAAUACGUGGACAUGAAUGACAGAACAUGCUCGCAGAAAAAAAAUGAAUGACAGAACAUAUGAGUAAAUGGAAGAAGCCUCUAAAAGCUCCUUGCUUGAUGGCGUAGUCAUGUGCUGCCGACAUGGCAAUCUUCUAGGAGAGGCAGUGUGGUGGUGGCAGGGAGCAGCCUGCAGACACACCUCUUCCAUCUCUUGCCACUACUAGUAAUGAUGCCAUCCUUGGGGCUGGAGCUUUGGGAGGUAACAGGCUGACAGCUCACCUGUGGCUCUGUGGUUGAAAGAGAUGAGAAAGAUGCCAGCCAACAGAUCAUGGCAGAAGCCAGAAGGUAUGGAACUAUCUAGGAUUGGAAAUCUAAGGUGCUGGAGUUGGUAAUCUGAUAUGGAACUCCUGAUAUAAUGGGUUAGCUAGUAUGUAGGAUGUGCUGUGAAACUGGAGUAUACUGAACUGGCUUUGUUGUCUUCUGUAAAAGAUGAUUAUGAUGUAUGCACUCAGCAUGAGCUAAGACCUUGAGGUCGCUAUUUGCUGCUAGUUCCUUGUCCAAAACUCCAAAUUAUGUUAUUCACUAGGAGGGAUGGGAUGGGCCGGGCCUAGCAUUAAAACCUGAAUGAAGAAUUGAGGUAAAUAGAACUUCACCUGUAUUGUUGUACUUGUUGUUCAGCUUAUUAGAGAGAUGGAAGAAGCGAUGGAGCACGUGGAAGCGCAGUCGGUGGAGGUCGACAUGACCACCACUUCGGCUUUGGAGGCCGCUUAGUCUUCCUCCUCUUCGCCGAUAGAAGUUGCUGUUGCAGUGAGACCCUCCAAGAAAACCUUUGAUGCCUCGGGCUCUACCCCUUCACUCUCGUCGGGAUGUCAUGUUUGGGAAAACCUUCUAGACAGCAUGCUCCACCAGAUCAUUGCGCUCAUUACCUCAU